AUUUGUUUACAAAAUUUAAUAUGGUUAAUUUGCAAUUACAAGGCGACAGUUUAAAUUUGAUUAAAACAAAGUCCAUCUUAUCAGCGUGUCUUGCCAGUGUUAAACUAAUCAAGCAAAAUAUUGGACGGGGCCAAUUUUCUCAGUUCCCCAAUUUGUCACAGACAAGCUGCCAGGAAGACGACGUUUCAACUUACGUUCAACAUUUAAAUGCCUUCUAUUCAGAUUUUGAAUCUAGGUUUGAUGAUAUUUUGACUAUGGUAAUACCACCGUGGAUAACUAAUCCAUAUGGUGACAUAGAAGAAACGAAUGUAAUAAUACAAGAGGAACUGGCUGAACUAAGUACAAACGAAGAACUUAGGGUUCAGUUUGAAAACGGAUAUCAGCAAUUCUGGCUGCAAAACAACAUACCCGUUACUUAUCCCGUAUUAUGGAAUAUAGCGAGGAAAUUUUUAAUUUCCUUUCCAUCGUCAUACCUAGUGGAAAGGGGGUUCAGCGCUGUUACCAAUCUCCUAACGAAAAAAAGAAACAGACUGUACAUCAUUAGCCGAGGAGAUUUAAGACUAACCCUUACAAAAUUGACGCCAAAUGUUGAUAAUUUAUUAUUAAAGCAUCAGGUUCAUCCUUCUCACUAAAAAUAUUGACUUAU